UCUUAGUGGAUAAUAAGGUUACAAAAACUACUUAUUGUUAAAAUUUGCUCUCUAGGUUUAACGGUUUGGGCUGGGCGUUGAUUUGAGUCAGUCAGUCAGGACUUUUACGUUUAUAUUUAUCAAAGAAAUAUAGAUUUUAUUAUAGAUUUUUGAAAAAAAAAAAAAAUUAGUUAAUGUAUAUAUUUAUGAGUGACUAUAUAGAGAUUACCGUACCAAAAGUUAACGUAAAUCGCAUUAGCCAGUGUGGGAAUUUAUUUUUAAAUUUAUAAAAUGAAAAAACAUAGCUCAGAUAAUAACAUCAUUUCGUGGUAGGACCAUGAAAAUACAGCUACGCCCUUUAUUUCUAGGUUCAGCUCAGCGUGAAAGAACCCGGACGCAAAGGUUAGUUUAUUGUCGUAGAAAAAAUUUGAUAUAAAUAAUUAGCAUAUUAUCUCCAUUUGUAUCUUACUUGACGACAUUGAAUUAGUCAACGUUUUGAGAUUAAUAUGCUUGAAACUGGCACCGAACAUUUCUUCAGAAUGGGCGACCUGAUACCUAAUCAGUGAUAACAGGUGUCGAUAACGAUACGAUGCCCAUGUAAAGGCUGAUUUUAAAAUGUCGUUCAGUGAAAUUCUUUAAACGUAGGUAAGUGAUAACAUAUAACUAGCGUUGGAAAUGUCGGAAAAAAACAAAUGAUUCUUUCGGGAAUUUAUGAAAUAUACGUUUUUUUCCGUUUUUUUCGGAUUUUUAAAGAAAAAAUACAAUAAGUCACUACAAUUUAUUUAAUAUAAUUUCUAUUCUUAUAUCAUUACUCUUUAGAGCAAAAUACACAUUUGGCUAUUUUUUUGUUGUUUACCUCGGUUGUAUCCCAAUGUCUCCAAAGACCGCUUUUUGCACGCGGCAUUAUAACGCACUUUUGAAGAUCACUAAGAACUGUUUUUCAAUAUGAGUACUAGGUAAGUGGUAGAUACUAUAACAAUCUAAGUGCCGUAUUUAAUUACAAAUUAAUCCAACUGAUAAGCGUAAUGAAGCCACACGAUUGUGACAAUUGAACUGAACUGACACCGAUGUCAAUAUUGUCAAUAAUCAUUUACCUACACACCAGUAUUAAGAAAAAUAACCGAUUGAAACCUUCACGAAAAAAACGAUUAAAACGUUUUUUUCGGAUAAAUUGAAGCGGUAAAUUUCAUGAUUUUUCCGUAAAAAUCAUGAAAAAAACGAGCCGUUUGGAAAGAAACGGGAUUUUUUCCGGAAAUUUUCAACGCUACAUAUAACGCAGGGCCACAGAAUAAAUAAUAGUCCUACCGUACAGAAAUUACACUUCCUACAAAACCGAAGUUUGACAGUUGACAGAGAUUCAGGGACGAAUCAUGCUGUCCCUUUCUGUAUGGCACUAUCCCUUUAGGCUAUUUAGGGUUAUCAAAAUUCAAGUCAGAAUUUUUUAUCUGUUGUCGUGUACGCAUAGGGACGUCAAACUAGUGCCAACAGCCGAAUGGAAUAGAUAAUACCCGAAAGGAGGCGUGUCGUCCCACUGGCAGGGCUCCAUAGCAACUGUAGGUUGAUAACUAAUCCCAAGAAACAAGCACUAAUUUUUACGAAAGCGACUGCCAACUGACCUCUAAACCCAUAGGGUAGUUAAGAUAGGCCUUAUUGGGAUUAGUCCGGUUUCCUCACGAUGUUUUCCCUCACCGACAAACGACUGGUAAAUAUCAAAUGAUAUACCUAUCGUACGUACAGGUAGGCUCUGAAAUACUUAUUGGUACGAGUCAGGGUUUGAACUUGCGGUCUCCGAAUUUAAAAUCACACGCCCGUACCGCUAGACUACCAAGUUGGUAGUACCAAUGCUUUAACCAAUCUUCCAACUACUUACUAACUUACGAAUAAAUUAUGAAUUAUGACCGCUUGAGAGCAAGAAUAUUGCUAACAUAAAUACCCCCUGUAUGUUGUUAUCCUAUAGAUAGAUUAGUUAAGACGCACCUACAAACUAGAAUGGUCACGGAUACUUGCUUAGUCAAAUUGUAGUUUUCACAUUACACAAUUGCGCCGCUGUUUAUGAACGUACUUAACCGUAAUUUGCCGAUUUAAUGACUGAAUUCUACACCUAUUCUUAAGUAAUAUCGGUGCAUGAUAGAUAUAAAGCAUAGAUAACAUAGAUAAUGCCUUGAGUGAAGUGAAUGUUGUGAAAUAUUUUGACAAUGUGAUUUAAAAACAACCCUGAUGAAAUCAGAUGUAUUAGCAGUGGCCUUGUUGUGGCUGCUACCGACCAUAUGGGCCGGCGUCUUAAGAGAUACCGAGGAUGAGCCUUGCCGGAGCUACUCUCUUAACAACUUGGUUUACCUCGACUGCUCUGACAGAGAACUCACAGAAUUGUCAGAAAAUUUAAACUACGAUGCCCAGGUUUUACUACUUUCGAAUAAUAAUUUCGAAAUUUUUCCCAGCCAACUUGAAAGGUUUUCUCUCGCAGAAAAAAUAGACUUAUCAGGAAAUCGACUGAGUCGUCCUUUGCCAACUUUUUUAGUGACUAUGCCACACUUGCAGACCCUCAACCUGUCAGACAACAACUAUGAAAUUUGGAUGAGUGAAAUGCCGAACAGCAAUCUAAAAUAUUUGGACUUAUCCAAGAAUAAGAUUAUCCAAAUUCAUGAUGAUGCGUUUAAAGAAAUGACUGGCCUGCACCAUCUUGAUUUAUCAGAAAACAGAAUUGAUGAUCUGCAAACAACAUUACUUUCUGGAGCAACCAAUUUACUCACUCUCAGUUUGUCAAGAAAUUCCUUUACAAAUGUCCCGGCAUUCCAAUCAGCUUCAUUAAGAAGCCUUCAUCUAAGUAACUGUCUAAUAGGUAAUCUUAACGUCGAUUCUCUUACCGAAAUGACAACUUUACUAGAAAUUGACCUAUCUUUGAACCAAAUUGAGAGCGUGCCGGACAAUUUCCAGUCUCACACUUUGCAGAAAUUAGAUUUAAGCUAUAACGAGAUUUCCUCGCUUACUGACCGCACCUUCUCGGCAUUACCCAACCUUGCGGUAUUGGACUUGAGAGGGAACGGGUUUAAAAAAGUUUGGUCGUCCGCAUACUUCUCUUCAAACCCGUAUUUGAGGGAAAUAUAUGUAAAAGGAAACCGUUGGAGCUGUGAAGGAUUUGGCGUAAACUUGCUUCUUACAUACGAGUACUUGACAAAGGAGCCGUCAAAGGUUGUAGACCCAGCUUCUUCAUUGAUAUGUUACUCGCCAUCUAAUGUGACACAAUUAACAUGGCAGAGGGCUUACAUUGAAACGUGGCACCGAGAUGGGACGUCGGAUGAAUCGUAUAUGUUCAUGGCUGUGAUGGUUGGAGUGAUCAUUGGUGUAUUAAUUACGUCAUUGAUAUGUCGAGGACUGAUGUCUCUUAACAAACCGGAGCCGCCAAGACCGCCCAUUGAAACUGCGGCUCUAAAUGGCAUUGGCGUCACACCUCAGCCUCGUGUAGAGACCUUGGUAAUGAGAGUUCCUCUUCACGACGAAGAUCUCCCUCCUUCCUACGAUGAAGCACUUCUGAUGCCUCGAUUGAACUCGUCUUUUCAUUCUCUACCUGACUUUGUGGACGAAGUCGAAGAGCCAAUAGAGCGUAGACACCGCAGGUCUAGGUCUAUUGGGGACCUUACGGAAUCUAGACCUAGAAUGAGCGACAGACGCUCAGUAAGACAUACAGUUCAAAUUCGUAUUAACUAAUAACUGACUAGGUACAUAUUUCAUAAGUUGAGGUAAAUGAUAAACAUGUUUUCUUUAAGAAUGUAUAAUUUUAUUGCACAUUGAAAUAUGUAAUAUCCAUAAUAAAAUAACAAUGUAACAUAAAAUUAUACCUUAAUUCGUCUACUAGUGGCGCCAUCUAUUCAUACAUUGCGGACAUGAUUUAAUCAAUACACGAGCCGAGAAUGGAGGUAUCGUGAGAUAGGCGCUAUUAUAAACUAGGAUACAUUCUGAUUCUUAUUCAUACUACUAGAUGGCGCUGUCUAAUAUAUGUAAAAAGUAAAAUGUAGUAUGGGUAUUAUAAUAUCGUAAAAAACUAUCAAUACCAAAUGAUUUUAUUUCGAUAAUUUUCGUUAUUGAUUUAAAUUGUAAUACGAUGUAUUUGUUUAUAAGUUUAUAUGAAAAUAAUUUAUUAAUAAAAGUUAAUUUAUUAAACAUGAAUAAAUCUUAAUGUACCAAAA